CGCAUUGGAUUUCAGAUAAAAAAGUAGGUCGUUAAAACUUAAAGCCACAUUGAAGAAAAACUUAAGCAAGCGAGACUCACAGAUCCAAAAAACUAAGAACCUGUGUUUGACUUGUGUUCAUCCAAAUCAUUAAGAUGGACAAAGAAACUAAGGUAGCCACAGAAGAACCCAAGAUUGAUUUGUUCGAAGAUGAUGAUGAGUUCGAGGAGUUCGAGAUCGAUGAAGAGUGGGAUGAGAAAGAGGGAAAAGAAGCAACACAACAAUGGGAAGAUGAUUGGGAUGAUGAUGACGUCAGUGAUGACUUCUCCCUGCAAUUGAGGAGGGAACUGGAGAGCAACAACGUGAAGACUUAAAUUAAGUGAGCUUAAACUUUCAUAUGUCAUAGCAUUUCCCUUGAAUGUUUGAGGACAUAUUCUAGAAUUUUUAUUUGCUCUUUGGCUAUGUGACAUCUUGUAAUGGAACGUACAACUUUGGAAAUCUUAUGUGACAGUAUGAACAAAAAUAAAUCAAUGUCGUGAAGUUUCGCUUAUAUAAA